ACCCUCUCCUCCCACUUGCGCCUAGCCCCACCACCUCCACCACCUCACCUCCCCCUUCCCUUCCCUUCCCCUCUUCUCUCCUCUACUAGCUAUAGUAUAGGCCGCCCCCGUCGUUUUGUUAAUUUUCACGCCGAAAUUUCCACCCACACCACGCGCCGCCUGCCUACCUGCGCCUGCGCGAGCUGCAGAUCGAUCGACGAGAGGCCGCGUCUCGGUCGCGGGGGGUGGAGUUGAUCGAUCGAUCCAAGGAGGGGUAUGAUGAGGAGGUUUCUGCCGGUGGGGGGAGGAGGAGGAGGAGGGGUGGAGCCGUCGUCGUCGUCGACGACGCCGCAGCGAGGGGAGGCGGAGGCGGCGGGGCUGCGGUUCGGUGGGGGGGACAUCUCGCUGGGCCCGCACGGCGGCGGCGGCGGCGGCGGCGGAGGGGGCGGAGGGCAUGGGCAUCAGCUGCAGGACGGGAGCGUGGACUUGCUGGCGCGGCACAGCAGCUCGCCGGCCGGAUUCUUCUCCAACCUCAUGGCCAGCAACGGCUCAAAAGGCGGGGGAGGCAGCGGAGCCGAAGCCCACCACCACCCUUCCAUGGCCGGCAGCGGCAGCGGCAGCAGCAGCGGCGGGAGGAAGAUGAAGUCCCAGCUGAGCUUCACGGCCGGGCCGCCGCACCUCUCGCACAUCGCGGAGGACGGCGCCUUCCCCGACCGCGCCGGCGCCGAGGCCUCCGUGCCCCGCACCUUCUCCGCCGGCGGCAGCAGCGGCGGCGGCGGGUUCUCCAUCGUCGGGCCGUGGGAGGAGUCCAGGGACAUCAUCUCCACCCUCGGCGGGUACGAGUCCCAGUUCGGCGGCAUGGCGAGCACGUCGGCGCUGGAGAUGGCCGGCAUGGACAGGUACCUGCAGCUGCAGCAUGACCAGGUGCCGUUCAAAGUGCGGGCCAAGCGCGGCUGCGCGACGCACCCCAGGAGCAUCGCGGAGAGGGAACGGAGGACGAGAAUUAGCGAGAAGCUCAGGAAGCUGCAGGAGCUGGUGCCCAACAUGGACAAGCAAACAAGCACAGCGGACAUGUUGGACCUUGCAGUUGAGCACAUCAAGGGUCUGCAGAGCCAGCUGCAGGCUCUGAAGCAUGAGCAGGAGAAGUGCACUUGCUGCAGCAGGCCUUGAUUGAUGAAGCAGUGAGACGGCGAAACUGAAAGGUAUCUAUCCUUAGUUUGGAACCCUGAUUACGGAUGAUACUUUCAUAUUUCCUUGAGAGUAACGCAUGCGUGGAUGCAUGAACCAAUUAAUGUCAGUGACACAAUCCAAAUCGACCGUGAGCAUUUUGUCGAAAUGUGUAAAUUGUUAGAUAGGACAUGGCAAGGGACAUGUAUAUGCAUGCCUGCAUGCAUGAGUGAGUGCAUGGAGCUAGCUACUCCGAAAUAGCGGGGUGCAGCCAUUGUGAUCCCUUAAUUAAUUCUCGAUCCACUGAUGAUUAAUUAGCUUGUAAUUCUGUCUUUAAACCUUUUUUUUAAUGACGAGGGGAGAGAAAAAGAAAAUGAAAUUUUGGUCAGCAUGCAGAAAGAACUACAUUAUUAAUUCGUGCCA